CCUUCGACCUCUGCCGCCGCCGGUGCCGCCGCUGCCGCCUCGCGGGAAGAGAGGAAGCGGGAGAGGAGCCCACGUCGACUGUCACCUAGUCCUCUAGCCGCGCCGCCCCCCAGCGUGUAAGAUGUUCGCCUGCGCCAAGCUCGCCUGCACCCCAGCUCUGAUCCGAGCUGGAUCCAGAGUUGCAUACAGACCAAUUUCUGCAUCAGUAUUAUCUCGACCAGAGGCUAGGAGUGGAGAGGGCUCUACGGUAUUUAAUGGCGCCCAGAAUGGCAUGUCUCAGCUAAUCCAAAGGGAGUUUCAGACCAGUGCAAUCAGCAGAGACAUCGAUACUGCUGCCAAAUUUAUUGGUGCAGGUGCUGCAACAGUAGGAGUGGCCGGUUCUGGUGCUGGUAUUGGAACAGUCUUUGGCAGCCUUAUCAUUGGUUAUGCCAGAAACCCUUCACUGAAGCAGCAGCUGUUCUCCUAUGCCAUCCUGGGAUUUGCCUUGUCUGAAGCUAUGGGUCUCUUUUGUUUGAUGGUUGCUUUCUUGAUUUUGUUUGCCAUGUAACAGAAAUUACUGCAGAAAUGUUGGCAUUCAUAUUAAUUACGGAUGUAAUUCUGUGUAUCUUACUGUGACUCCGAAAACUGUAGUACUGGUGUCAUGGAAAUGUACGUUAUUUCCAAAGUCAUUUCAUUAAAGAUGAAAACUUUAA